CCAAUACCCAUACCUCUCUCCGCCAUUCUUUCCGACCCAAUCCCCCAUUCCACCUCAUAAGCGGCAGAACCUUUACUCAAAUGUCCUUUCCUUUUCUUCUUCUCUCUUCUCUGUUAACACUUCUGCGGUUGAAUCCCAAGCUGGCCGGCCGUAGCUCCAAUCUCCAUCAAGAGUUGCUUGGACAGGUUCCCUAUCACUACUCUCGGCCCGCUUCUUCUAGAUUUCUGAUUUCGUGCUCGAGCCAAGGCUAUGGGGAUGAACAAUCGUAUUGGUCGAAACUGAUGGAUGAUUCUACUUUGUAUUAAUUUCUUAAGCUUUCCCAUUAACAGUAGGAGGAGGAACACCUCUCUCCCUGUUACUCUCUGAUAUUUUCGGCCAUUUUCACA